AUGGACUUUUCCCGGAUCCUCGGCGGCAAAGGGAGUGAUUGAUAGAUUUUAUGAGGAAAUUUCCGACCCUUAAAACAAUAUGUGAUAACGUGCCUGAAAGGCAACAGUAUCACGUGCCCUCGGCUACUGUGGUCCAUCGUCUUCGUAUAUCCCGUCCGCUCUUUUCUGCAUCAAGUUCAUAAGUUUACUGACAAUUUAACAAAUUCAUUGGCUGGGUAGUGGAGGGGGAGAGAGAAUGCUCUUCUUCUUCUUUGUGUCGGUCUUCUUCUCCGAAGUUUUUCUUCAGCCAUGCCUUUCGGUUUUUUCUCCGAACAUUGGCUAUGGCUACCGCUUGGUCUCUCUUGAAGAGGAUUCUAAUGGUGGAGGGCUUAUCGGACAUCUCCUACUGAAGAAGGGCACCUCUACUUAUGGCCCUGAUGUACCUCAUUUGAGGCUUUUUGUGAAACAUGAAACGAGAAGCCGGUUGAGAGUUCAUAUAACUGACGCAGAGAAUGAGAGAUGGGAAGUUCCAUACAACUUGCUUCCAAGAGAGAAGCCUCCACCAUUGAAGAGUUCAAACCAGAAACUCUCAAGUUUUUCCUUCGAGACCUCAGAGUACUCAGGUGAAGAGCUCAUUUUCAGCUACAUAUCAGAUCCAUUUGGGUUUGCAGUCAAGAGGAGAUCCAAUGGAGAGACACUCUUCAACUCAACUUCUGAGGCUGAAGACCCUUAUUCCAACCUUGUCUUCAAGGACCAGUACCUGGAGAUAUCCACCAGAUUGCCUAAUAGUAGCUCACUCUAUGGGUUGGGUGAGAAUACACAGGCUGGUGGAAUUCGUCUUCAGCCAAAUGAUCCUUAUACUUUAUAUACAACUGAUAUUUCUGCCAUUAAUCUUAAUACGGAUCUUUAUGGCUCUCAUCCUGUUUACGUGGACUUGAGGAAUGGGAAUGGAGGGGCUGUUACUCAUGCAGUCUUGCUGCUUAAUAGCAAUGGCAUGGAUGUUUUCUAUAGGGGAAGCUCUUUAACAUAUAAGAUGAUUGGAGGAGUCUUUGAUUUCUACUUCUUCUCGGGGCCGUUGCCUCUUGACGUUAUUGAUCAGUAUACUUCUUUAAUUGGCAGGCCAGCUCCUAUGCCUUACUGGUCUCUAGGAUUCCACCAAUGCAGAUGGGGUUACCACAAUCUGUCUGUUGUUGAAGGGGUUGUUGAAGGUUACAACAAUGCCCGAAUACCACUUGAUGUAAUGUGGACUGAUGAUGAUCAUAUGGAUGCUAGAAAAGACUUCACACUUAGCCAUAUCAACUUCCCUCGUCCCGAGCUGUUAGCUUUCCUCGACAAAAUUCACUCAAAAGGAAUGAAAUACGUAGUCAUUGUCGAUCCAGGUAUUAAUGUUAAUUUAACCUAUGGUGUCUAUCUUAGGGGAAUGGCUCAAGAUAUUUUCAUUAAGUAUGAAGGGGAGCCCUAUCUAGGACAAGUCUGGCCUGGACCUGUUAACUUCCCUGAUUUCUUGAACCCAAAUGGAGUAUCAUGGUGGGUUGAUGAGAUCGCAAGGUUUCACAAACUAGUACCUGUAGAUGGCCUCUGGAUUGACAUGAACGAAGUAUCGAAUUUUUGCACCGGAAAAUGCAAGGUCCCAACCACACAUCCAUGUCCUAUACCCAAUAACCCAACCCCCUGGGUUUGUUGUUUGGAUUGCAAGAACAUAACAAAAACAAGAUGGGAUGAUCCUCCCUACAAAAUUAAUGCAUCCGGGAUUCAAGCUCCAAUUGGAUUCAAAACUAUAGCUCCAACUGCAGUUCAUCACAAUGGCGUCUUGGAGUACAAUGCUCACAGCCUUUAUGGCUUCUCCGAAUCCAUUGCAACUAACAAGGGCCCGCUGAAACUGGAGGGAAAGAGGCCAUUCGUUCUCUCCCGCUCGAGUUUCGUGGGAUCAGGAGCUUAUUCGGCGCACUGGACUGGAGACAACAAGGGCACUUGGGAGGAUCUCAGAUAUUCCAUCUCAACAAUAUUGAAUUUUGGUUUAUUUGGCAUGCCAAUGGUUGGUGCUGACAUUUGUGGAUUCUACCCAGCUCCAACUGAAGAGCUCUGCAACCGAUGGAUUGAACUCGGUGCUUUCUAUCCCUUCUCAAGAGACCAUGCCAAUUUCGCCUCGCCUCGACAGGAGCUCUACCAAUGGGAGUCUGUUGCAAAGUCUGCUCGGAAUGCAUUAGGCCUGCGGUAUAAAUUACUGCCAUAUUUUUACACCUUGAACUACGAAGCUCACAUCUCUGGUGCACCAAUUGCAAGACCGGUGUUCUUCUCAUUUCCUAACUUCACUGCAUCCUAUGGCCUGAGCACUCAGUUUCUACUUGGGAGCAGUGUGAUGGUCUCUCCAGUUUUAAAACAAGGUGCAACCACAGUGGAAGCCAUUUUUCCUCCUGGAACGUGGUAUAAUUUGUUUGACACAACAAAGGUCGUGAUCUCGAAAGAUGACCAAUAUGUGACCCUCGAUGCUCCGCUCAACGAGGUGAACGUGCAUUUGUAUCAAAACACCAUUCUACCGAUGCAGCGUGGGGGGAUGCUAACCAAGGAAGCGAGAACAACUCCUUUCUCCCUGCUGGUCUCUUUCCCCUUUGGAGCAACAAAGAGCGAUGCCAAAGGCAUGGUUUAUGUUGAUGAUGAUGAACGACCAGAAAUGAAACUUGUCGAUGGGGAGGCAACAUAUGUCGAGUUCUUUGCGAGUGUUGAAGGGAAGACUGUAAAGGUCUGGUCAGAGGUUGAGAUGGGGAAGUUUAGCUUGAAGGAGAAGUUGUUGAUAGAGAAGAUCGCUGUGCUAGGGCUGGAAGGCAUAGGUGAAGGAAUGCAGAUGGAGGUGGAUGGGGAAAAAGUUUCAGAUUUGUCUGCCGUUCAUUUCUCUGAUGCUUCUUCAGUGGAUCAGAGUAAGCUGGAUGGAAGAACAGAUAGGAAGAGUGUGGUGGUUGAGGUGAGUGGGUUGGCAUUGCCACUCGGAAAGAAGUUCUCUCUGUCAUGGAAUAUGAGCAUUCAGGGUUGAUGGUAGAUGCUUCAGUUUGCUUGAGUAGGUUUGAACUUCAGAGUUAGUUUCUCUUCUCUGCUCUCCUUGGCCAUUUCUUUGGUUUAGGACAAAUGUUGAAGUGGAAAUUAAGAACUGAGGCAUUUUCAUUUGGUAGAAUGAAUCUUCAUUUCCAUCUGUUUUAUCUUAACUAUUUGAUUGAAUGAAUGAAAUAUUGAUUAGAGAUGCUAGUGGACUAACUGCCUUCUAUUAUAAUGAGUAGUCUGCAGCAUUUUUUUCCUCUUUU